CUUCCCACCCACGGUCAGUCCGGCGAUGUGAGAGACUCUUCCCAAGCCCCCCUCCUCCGCCGGAGGCCGAAUCGGUUCCCCAACCCUCCUACUUGCACUAUGGAAGCUGCACAGUCUACGCCUUGGUCAGAUCUUCAGCCGGAACUCCUAGGCCUUGUUCUUAGGCGCCUCCCCUCCCUGGCUGAUCGUGUUCGUCUGAGAGCAGUCUGUCGCCCAUGGCGCUCUAAUAGCAUGUCGCAGCCUCUUCCUCUCCCAUUCCCAUGGCUCACCCUCCCCGGUGGUACCUUCCUCAGCAUUCCAGCAAAUGAAAUUCACCGCAUACCUAUACCAGAUGGUGCUUGUGUCCAGGGCUCCAUUGACAACUGGCUAUUCCUCAUGCACAAGAGCUCCAUGGACAAUCGUAAUGUGUGCUCAUUGAUGAAUCCUUUCUCCAAGGCCACGCUGGAGCUUCCUGAUCUAGUCGCUGUUUGGAAGCGUCAGACAAGUUACUACUCUCAUCGUAAACCAAUUUUCUAUAAGUUGGUGGUUCCCUCGCCCCUCGACUCAUCACCUGAUUCCCCUGUUGCUGCACUAAUCAUGGAUGAUGGAAAUUCACAUAUACUUUGUAUUAGCCAGCCACCAAUUGCCACUUCCUCGCUCAGAGCCAGAAGUAAUAAGGAUACACGACUGUACCUCAUUGAUGUUGUAUUUUUCAACAGAAAAUUGUAUGGGUUGGAUGGGUCUGGCAAGCUUUACAUCAUUGAUCUGGACAAUGACCUUGGUAUAUCAUCCAUCGAGUGCAUAAUUGACGCUUUGGGCGAUAUAAUAAGUGGAAUACCUCAACACUUGCCCGGAAUGGUGUAUAUGUCGAGAAAGUAUCUUGUUGAAUGUGGUGGUAAACUGUUGAUGGUGGUCUUUGAGGCAGACUUGUGCAGCAGCCCUAAUCGAUGGAGAAGCGCUACUGAGUUGGGUGGCCAUGCACUCUUUGUUGGUCAACGUAGCUCGAAGUCCCUGCCUGCUAGAGAAUGCAGUGGGUAUCAUGAGGAUUGCAUCUACUUCAUGUUUGACUAUGACUGCCGGACCUCUUCUGCAAAUCCUCUUCACGACUCUGGUGUGUACAACAUCAGGAAUGGCACAAUAGCGCCAUUGAUGUCAGGGACAUCAGCAGCAUCGCUGCAUCGUGUUGGGCAGUGGCGUCCGACAUGGUUCUUCCCUCCUGAAGCUGUUUGAUCAAUCCAGUCUGGGUUCUGAUCAUCUUUUAUUCUAGCGAUCUGUUACUGUAUUUCUUUAGUAGUAUGAUCCUUUACACCUCAAAGUGAUCUCAUGGAUGAUCUUAUAUGGGAUUUAUUUGAAUGCACAGUCUUUCAUGAUAGCAACUUGUGUGCCUUUUUCAUGUGCUUGAACAAACAUUAUAACAUGAAGCUGAAGGAACUUGGGAGUCUUACUAGCCCCUGAAUCUUGAAUUAUUGGUAACUGUGUUUUUGUUGCCUAUUGUUUGUCU